AUGUGGAUUUUGUCUAGCAGCGAAGGGAAAUUGAAAGAAACCCCGAAAGCUCUUAUUCCUGGAGCCUACAUUCUUGGGCGGAGUGUGAGAGAUGACUCCUCAAAUAUUCAAAUUGUUUCAAAAUCUGUUAGCAAAAAGCACGUUCAAAUUACAGUCUCUCCACCGAAAGCAACUUCUCAUAGAAAUGAAAAUCCGUGUGGAAUCGACAUUCAAGACUUAGAUACCAAAUUCGGGACGGCAGUCAAUAACGAGCGUAUCCAUGCCAAACAAAGUUAUGAGAAAAACGUCUCGCUCCAACUAUCAUUAGGGAAAUGUCCGCUCAAACUUUAUCUUCAAUGGAUCAACCUUUCUAUUGCUUUCGAUGAUCAAGAGACUAAGGCCCGCUGGUCGACACCUUUAUUACUUACCGGAAUCCCCAAUUCAGUGCAUCUGAAUCACUCUACUACACAUUUUGUUCCCGGGAAAGGUCCUUUACUUUCUGUGAAAACAGCGUUGGCUUUUUUGAAGGAUAUAAUAAUUGUACAGGAAUCGUUUGUAGAGGCUUUGGUUCAAGAAAAAGAUAAUUAUUCAAAAAAUAUCCACCUCAUCCCUAAAGAUAGCUCAUACCUUUUUACAGGGAAGAACCAUCAUGAGCUUUUCUCAAAAUCUCCAGGAAUUUUUAGGAACAUGUUGAAAGGACUCAAAUGCUGUUGCAUUGAUUUGGAUGCAGAACUUCCCGAGUUCCUAUCCCUUCUUGGUUUGGAUGUUCAUAGGCAUCAUACAGACGAUGUACAAUUUUUGACAACUUACUACACUGAACGAGACCUUGAUUUUAUGAUCCUUGUAAAACAAAAGACUACGUCUAGCAUUCUUUUAGAAGAAAAUGUUUUUUGUCUCACUUUUAGCGAGCUGUGGAAUAUCCUAAAGGAAAGCAACCCAAAAGAACUGCUGCGAGCAAAACGAACGAGUCAUAAAAAGUCAAAACCCAAUGCGACUUCAAUUCCAGUUCCAAAUACAUCAUCAGGAAAUGUACUGGACGACUUGUUUAGUAACUUUAAACCCGUUCCCCGGUCUCCAAGGAGCAAAAGAACUCUUAAGCCGGAAGAAAUGCCAGAUGUAUCGAAACAAACGCCUUCGAAUAGCCCUCUCAAAAAAAAAGUCCGAGACACUGUAGAAGCGACAAAGAAGCCCAAUGUUACAUCUGACACUUCGUCUUCAUAUGUUUCUUCAAAAGCUAAAAAGCUGUUCCAUGAGAAUUUCCCUGAACAUGAAAAUUCAUCAAAAAAAGCAGUUAAAAAGAAUACAAAUGACAGCAAAAAAUUGGGUUCUUCUCAUUUUGCUCCUCUCCCAUUGUCUACUGCCGGGGAAGAAAAUCCACUUCAUGGAAAAAUUAAAGAAGAAAGAGACACAAGUCCAUUGACUUUGAAGGGAGAACAAACCAAACCUCCAGAUGCUCCAUCUCCUGAAGAAAACCUGCCAAGAAAUCUUGGUUCAGUGGAAUUCAUAUCUAUCCAGGUGUCCAAAAACAAUGGAACAAAUGAACCCGAAAACCCAAAAUAUCAAGGAAGGCCAAACUUUAAAAAGUUUCGAAAGCAAGGUAGUAAAGUGCAUGUAGCACCGCCUGUGUUUAUAACACUUUCAGAAUCCCGAAAUGAACGGGACGACGAAGUCAUAGACAUUGAUACAGACCCAGCUCCUCAAUUGAUGAAAAAAACCGACACAAGCACGCGUUCUGUGCCUUCGCCAAAGCCGGUUUCUCAACGACUCACUAUGGACAUGGACAAGGAUGAACAAAAUGUUGCGGAUGAUAUUUUCAAUGAUGAUAAUGAAGAAGAUGACGAGUUUGGAGACUUGAAAUUUCGAUUUUAG